GAAAAUAUGCCAGUAAAAUAAAAAUUCAAUGCAAAUAAAACAACUUUCAUGCGUCUGACUUAGUUUUAAGGCUUGUGGUCAUCCGUCUUCCUUUGGAUCACAAAUGCAGCCAUCUUUUAGAUUUAAUUCAUAAUAUUCACUCCGACCACAGAGGCACUAAUGUCAUAUUUGUUGUUUUUGAUUUUUACCUCGUUGGUUCAGCAACAGGGUUAUCUGGUGAAAACUGGUUAUCAUAGUGAAACUCCAGUGGCAUGUAAAGGCAUGUUUGUGCUUCAAUAAAUGUUUCCUGGAACGAGGGCUGUGGACAGUAUCCCAGCAUUCCCAAAUAAAUUCCAUUAGAAAAAUGGAAGAACUGAGGCCUUUCCCACAAACGGCUACUUGUAGUCUUUGAGUUAUUGUUGGUUGCCCCAGGAUUUAAAACGGUUCUUGAAAAAGUGCAAAAUUCAGUGGAAAGUAUUACUGGAGUGUUCUUGCGAUGCUUUAAUGUUGAAACGUCUGACGGGAUUUUGAGGAAGUAUUUAUGACAACUGCAGAGCAAAUGUAUCUGGAAAUUAUGUGAUCAGACGUGAUGUGUGAGAGCUGACGCUUCUGCCAUUAGGGCUAAUUAUUUACAGAAAAUGACUUUGCUGACAAAUGAUGGCUCAAAUGUCACAAAAAUCUUCGUUUCAUAGCGGAGAGAACCAAUGAUCGACUUGUUCAAGCAUUCAAACAACUGGGAGUACAAAUCACGGAUUUCAUUUGUUACAUGUUGAAUAGAUGCUUUAAUAUUUACAUUUUUAGAUUUUAAAAUCGAUAGAUCCAUCCUCUAAAGAUGCUCACUGUGUUUUUAUCGAGUUUUUCAUUUCUCUUUAAUGUGUGCUAACAGGUGCGUUCCCCUAACUCCCACAGUGCCACCCUUUAAAAGGAAUUCAAUCCAAGGCGGGCGUUAUCAAAGUCUUUAUUUAGAAAUGUUUCCCUGGAAAAAUUAGAGCUACUGUGAGGCUUCUUCUAAGUGUUGUGACUGUUGUGGUGAAAGCUGUGUGUGCCCUCCGUAGGUUUCCGUCGGUGCCGGCUUAAACUUCCUGCUGGUUUGGGCUGCUGUCAUUAAUGAUGCCUCGUUUCUGGUUGUAAUUUAGAUUCUGAUCUGUAGCCUCACACGCUGUUGGAGACAGGACACCAGUGUGUCUUUAAUUUCCUCUAUCAGUGUUUUUGUAAUGCUGACUUGCCAUAAGAGAAUUAAGAUAUGGCUUUUUUUUCCCAGUCUCCAAACUGUUUCUGUAAACAAAGCACUGAUUUAGACACAUCUAGCAAAGAGCGGAAAUGCAAUUUGUGUGAAAUACUUGAUAUAUUCAUAAAUUAUUAAUGCCUUGUCACUUCUGUCCCCUGAUACACUCACAGCUUAUUAUCUCUAAAGACCUCUCAAGGGUAUUUGCCUACCUAGAAAAGAGUUCACAUGUGUCACGACAGGAGACCCGGCUGUAAUUGCACUCUCAAAAAAUGUAACUCGAGGUCAUUCUGGUUAAACACUUAAAAGUUAAUUUUCUUAUAUGAUUAGAAUCUAAACCGUAAACUAACCAGAUGUUUUCUACGUUGUACCGAUGACUCCCAUAAUGAGGACACUAUUAUCCUUCAGGGUUUGAUGAUACUUGGCUAAUUAUAAAAGUUUUUAACCUCAUUGCUGUGGUCCGACACAUGGGAACGUUUACAUUAGUGACCUUAAAAACGAAGCCCAUCUCACUGAUUAGCUUCCUCCUCCUGCGAGCCGUGCAGUAGUUGAAUAUUGACUCUUGUGGGUUCUUUGAGCUGCCGUUAAAGAAACUGAGUGGCUGAGCGAUCUGAUGAGGUCACAGCCGUCUGCCGUUAAAAGUCGCUGCGCAUCUGAAAAUCAAACAAACCUCUGGAACACUCACACUCUGUUUGCUUGUUGCGUCUAAGGACAAAGUUGAUGAGCUGCAACUCCCCCCGUCUUCAUCUCCCCGUGCACCUGCAUGUGUUGUGAGCAGCUCCAGCCUGCUGGAGAGCUGCUUCACUUGGUGACUGUGUUGCGUUAGGAGAACCCAUGGCUUCUGGACCUCCAUCUCCCUCCUUAGGCCGCAGGCUUGGGCUGCUGGAGCUGCAAAUCGGGGCUGUGCUGGUGUUGCUUGGUUUUGGGCUGGGAUCGUCACUAGGUCAGAACGUCUACACCAACACGUGGGCCGUCCACAUACCUGAAGGUCUGGAGGAAGCCGAUCGAAUUGCCAGUAAACACGGAUUCAUCAACCAUGGACAUGUAUUUGGUGAUUAUUAUCACUUCCGGCAUCGCACAGUGGUAAAAAGAUCUCUGUCAGAACACAGAGGGACACAAGUCCGUCUAGAAAGUGAUCCCAAGGUGUCUUGGGCAGAGCAACAGGUGUCAAGACGGAGGAAAAAGAGAGAUACUGUUGUCGAGUUUAUAGAUCCCAAAUAUAAAGACCAGUGGUACCUGUACAACACCAACCACCGUGACCUGAAUGCAAAGGUAGCAUGGGGGUUGGGCUACACAGGGAAAGGUGUAGUGGUGUCCAUCUUGGAUGAUGGAAUUGAGAAAAAUCACCCCGACCUGAUGCAAAACUAUGACCCAGAUGCCAGUUACGAUGUGAACGAUGGAGACCCAGAUCCUCAGCCUCGAUACACGCAGCUUAAUGACAACAGGCACGGAACGCGAUGUGCAGGAGAAGUGGCGGCAGUGGCCAACAAUGGGAUCUGCGGAGUUGGCGUGGCUUACAAUGCAAAGAUUGGAGGUGUGCGCAUGCUGGAUGGAGAAGUGACAGACAUGGUGGAGGCCCAGUCCCUCAGUCUGAACCCCCAACACAUCGACAUCUACAGCGCUAGUUGGGGCCCGGAGGACGAUGGUAAAACAGUGGAUGGACCCGCCAAACUGGCCAAGGAAGCCUUUCUGCGCGGAGUCACCGAGGGUCGUGGCGGUUUGGGCUCCAUCUUUGUGUGGGCUUCUGGUAAUGGAGGAAGAGAGAAAGACAGCUGUAACUGCGACGGCUACACCAACAGCAUUUACACCCUGUCCAUCAGCAGCACCACACAAAACGGCAACGUCCCUUGGUACAGCGAGGCUUGCUCCUCCACCCUCGCCACCACCUACAGCUCGGGGGGCCUUAAUGAGAAACAGAUAGUGACUACAGACCUCAAAUCUAAAUGCACGGACACCCACACGGGCACAUCAGCCUCAGCCCCGCUGGCUGCUGGGAUCAUCGCUCUCGCCCUUGAAGCAAAUAAAAACCUUACCUGGAGGGACAUGCAACAUCUGGUUGUACGAACUUCUCGUCCUGCUCACCUGCUCACAAUUGACUGGAAAACCAAUGGUGUUGGACGCAAAGUUAGUCAUUCGUAUGGAUAUGGUCUGCUUGAUGCCAGUGCAAUCGUAUCACUGGCAAGUACAUGGACCAACGUGGGGCCACAGAGGAAAUAUGUUAUCCCCAUGCUCAGUGAGCCAAGGAACAUCGGCAGCGGUUUAAUUAUCAAUAAGACUGUGGAUGCCUGCACCGGGUCAGACAGUUGUGUGACUUCACUAGAGCACGUCCAGGCCCGGCUCACCCUGACCUACAACCGGAGGGGGAACCUAGCCAUCCACCUCAUAAGUCCUGCCGGCACACGCUCCACCCUCCUCCACCCUCGGCCUCACGACUACUCCUCAGAGGGGUUCAAUGACUGGGCCUUCAUGACCACCCACUCCUGGGACGAGAACCCCAACGGGGUGUGGACGCUGGUGAUCGAGAACGUAGCUACAACCAGUGACUACGGCACUCUGACACAGUUUAGCCUGGUGCUUUACGGCACCGGCUCCACAUCUUCCAGCUCCUCUGAGGAGUCUCAGUCCAGCAACGACAGCUGCAAGACUUUGGAUCUGAGUGUGAAGUGCAUCGAGUGCAACGCCGGCUACUACCUCUUUCAUCAGAGCUGUGUGAAAGAAUGUCCUGCAGGCUUUGCGGUGGGCUCCCAGCCUCUCAACUACACCGUAGGGAACGCCGUGCUCCCAGCUUCCGUCCCAGCAUGCCUGCCCUGCCCAGCGCCCUGCGUCACCUGCAGCAGCCUCAGCCCACAGUCCUGCCUGUCCUGUCCCCCUCACAGCUCCCUGGACCAGAACUCUGGCACCUGCCUGCACCUCAACCAUUACAUGCGCGAGUCUCCUGGGAGCCCGGGGAACCAGAGACCUCAGGGCGAGCUCGACUCCCAACUGCACAUCACCGUCGCUGUGCUAAGCUGCGUGGCUAUCAUCGCCACCUUCGCUGGUGUCUUCCUGCUACUGCAGAUUCGCUCCGGCGCUCACAUCAAGCUGCCCUCGUUGGAGGCUGGCGGCGGCUUCAUCCUGGGGCAAAAUAGGUUGGUGUCAUACCGCGGCAUCCCGACCAUGUGGGGGGACGACGGGAUGAACACUGACUCGGAGAACGAAGAGUUCGACGUCCAAAAUGAGAGGACUGCCUUUAUCAAAACACAAAGUGCUCUUUAAUGCCUCCACGCGUCCUUCCUCCUGCUUUUUAAAUUCUCUGCUCCCAUUUGUCUGACGAUUCAGGGCUUUUGGUAUUUGUCCCUCACAAUUUUGUUAUUUGUUUGGCUCUCAUCAGAUUUUCAGCUGCUUUCUGUCGUAGGAACUGGCCUCCCUCUCUGCUGUGGGAGACCUGUCGGGAAGCUGCUGCUCGUCACAGCUGGGGAUGUCCUGAGCUUUGCCCUCCUCACACAUCAGUGCAUUCUUAUUUAAGUGGCUCUCCUCCUCCUCUUACCCAUAAUCACAGAACGUCUGCCUGCUGACUCCAUUUCCCUUCCGGCUCCUUUUUGUUGCAGUAAACAAAUGAUCAUUUGCUUCAUUUCUAAACAUUUUUCUCUGUUUCAUUAGUCUCAGUGCAGUAGCCAGAUGAGAUUGUUGAGCGUGCGUGCAUGCGUGCGUGCGUGUGUGUGUGCGUGCGUGUGCGUGUGUGUGUGUGUGUGUGCGUGCGUUUCUGAAUAAAUGAGCCUGCAUGAAAAUGAGUGCCUGGGUCUGAUGAGCAGUGAACGUUAGAGUUCCCUUCAUGAAGACAUUUAAGCAUUUCCUGUCAUUUAGUAUUUUAUCUAAGUGAUGAUUUAUUACGAGACACGCCGUCCCCUUGGAAACAUUCGUUCUUCCCAAACUGUCAUUUAGUAUUUUAUCUAAGUGAUGAUUUAUUACGAGACACGCCGUCCCCUUGGAAACAUUCGUUCUUCCCAAACUGUCAUUUAGUAUUUUAUCUAAGUGAUGAUUUAUUACGAGACACGCCGUCCCCUUGGAAACAUUUGUUCUUCCCAAACUGUCAUUUAGCGACAGUAACACAUGAAACGUGUCCAGGAACUCUCACAUGAUUGUAACGAUUCCUAGUUUUUAUCGUGUUCAGAUUCAACAGAAAUUGUUCCAAUUUCGUUGGUUUAAAUUCACACAUAAUGUAGAGUGUUGUGGCUAAACUAUCAAAGCUUUCAUCAUAUCCAUCUUUCUUUCUUUAAUUCAAGGUGAUCUCAUUCUGGCUGCACUUGUAACUUCAUGAGAACCGAAAAAGAAAAGGAAGAGGGGGUGUGCACUACCUGGUCAAUCCAGAAGCAAAAUCCCUUCUGGUAAUAUCUAAUCUGCCUCUGAUGUUCUCACCUCCUGAGCCUGAGAGGAGACGCUGCUUGUUUUUGUGACUGUGGAGCUCCUCAGAGCAGCUGACAGGUGUUGACUUACCUGUGAUUGAUUUCUUGACAGAGCAGACACACGGUAACGAUGCAUCCCUGCUGUCGGAGCACGUCAGCACUACAAACACACGUUGUAAUGACUCAAUGUUAGUUAUGUGUGUGAGUGUCUGUUGGAUUGUGAGGAUGGAAAAAACCGUAUUUACCUGGCCUUUGAAGUGAGGACUCCUUUUUCACCCCCUUCAUCUCACCGUCUCUCCUUCAAAUCCCAGAGUAUUGUUUUUAAAAUCCUCAUGUCGACGCUCUGCAGCUCAUCAGUGUCUCUGCACUCAUCCUCCAUCCUUCAUCUAAUCUGAAUUUCAAAUAAUCAAGUCCUGGCAAUUAUACUCCAAAUGAUACUGCAGCGAAGGAUUUAUUCUGAGAGGUUUUAAUAAUACCUUUAGGGAAUAGAUUUUUUUCUUUCCCUCUUGGGCUGGUUAUCGUAUGAAACGUGCAUCGCUUUGUUUAAUCUGUAAUAUCCAUUUUGAUUCUACUCCUCUUUCCAUUUUAUUUCCUGUACAAAAUCAGUGGAGCUUGCUAAAAGAGGUUGUCAUGGUGAUGGCGUGCAUAGGAACGUGCAGCUGCUCAUCCUUUUUAUCUACCUCUCAUAUCAUAUAGUUCAUACAUACUUGGAGGGGAUGUCGAAUCAUUACAGGGGUGAAAUUCUGUCUGAAAGUUUAAAUAUUUUCUGAGGGGAAUCUGUGUUUAUUUUUUAAAAGAAACCGCAUUGGUAAUUCAGAAAUUGUAAAAGCUGUUAACCUGGAUCUCCUUUUACAUUUAUUACCUGAUACGAUCGGCGUUCAUGCGUGGUCACACCCGCGCUUUAAAACCAAGUUUGCGCUAAAUCAACUGAAAAUCGAUGGGGACAUUAGUUUAUUUCUCUUCUCCAUCUCUUCUUGGGCGUAUCCUACUAUAAUUUAAAUCUUUUUUUUUUUCAUCACUGACAAUCAGUUUCCAUGUUCUAAGGGUGAAAAGGUGCAGAGGCGCACAAACAAAUCAAAUGUUAGCUUCUAAUUUAACCACUUGUGUCACAAAGCCUGCACAGGGGGUGUUUUCAUUAAUAUGCAUCUGAAUGUGAUUUUUUUAAUUGCAAAACUUCAUUUAGAAAAAGAGUAGAGCUGACUGUGAAACCAAUAUCUGCUAAAAUAAGUCCCCUUUAAAUGGAUGGAGGAAGAUCGGUAUGGAUGCUGUGGAACAUCGAGCCGGUGGAGCUGAAUUCACCUCAGAUGGCCGCUGCAGGUGUUGCACAUCUGCUUUUCUGCAGCUGCUUAUGAACCUGAGAGCACAUCCCUAAGUUAAUUGCUGUGUGUUUGUUCUGCAGUGCUUUGAUUGAUAUACAUUAGUGCCUGCUGCCAUUUAAGCUUUGAUCAGUCCCUGUUUAACUUCAGCCAACAAAAUCUUAUUGACUUCCCAGCUCUGAGUGAAGUAUGUAAACAACACUUAAUGGGCUGAUGAAGCAACAAAAUCACUUCCAAUUAAAACCUUGCUGCUUAGACGUUUCUGCUUUUGAAGAGUUAUGAUGAAAGACACAAUCUAGUUCAUAUCACACACACACACACACAUACACACACACCGCUUUAGCCGUGGCUAAAAGAGUUUUCUCUGACACCAUUUUGGGGCCUCAUUAGUGCAACGCGCAGCGAUUUCUACAUCUCAGCUCCAUGAACUCACUACAGCUUGAAACCUUGAGCUGAUGAACAUUUUGCAUUCAAGGGUUUUAACUUUUAAAGGAAAGCUGGAACGAAGGCAUCAUUAAUUAGCUUGUGCUUCCAAAGCUGCUGAAAAGCAUUAGCAGCCAGAUCAUUGCUCCCGCUGCCACAACAGGAUGGGAACCACACACUAAAAAGAACAGGUUCUCUAAUUGUCCCAGAAAGCAGCUUUUAAUUAUUAGAAAGCCACCAACUGGCUGGUUGUUAAUGGUGAUGCCUUUAAUGGAAACCUGUAAAGUGUUUCGUCUGGUUAGAGAGAGAGACAAGUCACAGUGGAGACUUGAUGUUUGAUUAUUUUCCCCACAUGGAGCUCGGUGUUGCUCCUGUCCUGCUUUAGGAUGUAGCCCGAUUGGAUCCAUGUGAAGUCAGAUGUCGUUGAUAGGAGCAAUAUCUUUGGCAUAACCAAAGACAAUCAUUUUAAUGCUGUCUGUUUCGUACUAGCGGGGGUUGCGUUUGGGUUGGUGCGUCCCAUCGUCCCCUCCUUCAUUUUGGUUCAGAGUGUUUUUGUUUGGAACGUUUGUCACGCCUGCCUUGGUGAGGAUCUGCGGGGACGUCCUGUGUGGAGGUAGAAUGUAUCCCAUCACCAUUACCUUAAGGGCUGAAUCAGAUCUGCGUCUGCACAUCGCUGCGUUAAAGUCGAAACAUGAAACACUUUGUGAUGGAGGGGCGGUCGGUGGAGCCGCUGACUUCCUCCCAACCUCUCGUGAGGUUCCUGACCUGUGGCUGCACACAGUAUCUUACAGGUUUGUGAUUAAUGUAUAAGAAUGACAUAACUCUAAAAUAAGGCCUAUUUUUGUACUAUGAAUGGUGCAGUGUAAUUUACUUGUAAUUUAAAGAUCUUUUUUCUUUUGUUUUCUCUUUAUUUAAUUGAUGUCAAUUAUAGAUUCUACUAAAAAUAAAGAUCUAUGCAAAUUUAAA